AUUUUUUUGCUUCUCGUAUACACCAUUUAGCGCAGAUCGGGAUUGAUGUUGGUGGUUGCAACGAUAGCGCCCAAGAUACGGCCUCAGAAACUCACUGAUCACAAGACCCCGGGACAAAAGUGUCUCUAGCGGUUUAGAGAUUGAAACGUGGUUGCAUACAACGUGAUAUUGGCCACACGUUUCGUAUUCGUGAUAGCAAUCAAUGGUACUAGAGAGCAUAGUUGUGCCAAGAAAGUUUUUCGGGAAGAAGCAAGAGCAUCGCCCUGUGAGCCAGGCAGAGGGACAUUGCAACCGCAGUCUUUUCUCUGCAUAAUUGCACAUGUAUACCCACGUCCCGUUUUUUCCCGUUCCUGCUACGUAUGAAACACAACUGUCGUAGACCGAAUAGCACGUACGUAUUUAUAGACGAGAUCUCUCGUUGCAAAUCUGACCUCCUGUCUCUGUCCACACAUAAGAUUCCCAAUUAAUUGCGCCAUAUUGCAAUAUGGUAUAGUUUCUCUCUUGACCAGAAGUUAUAUAGCGAAAAUUUCUAAGUUGGAACACUUUCUGCCGAGUCCCACCAUAAUUUCUCACGCCCACUCAUAAACGUACUUACCUCUCCUGAAUGCGUCACGAACAGUUUGUCACUUCAUGGGGGCUUUUCGCAGGAAACUCAGGUCACACAAAUGCCUAAAUGACAAGCGGUGGAGCUUACAAUCCUUUGCGAAGCGGAAGUUCACCGACAAACCCUUCCUCACCAAAGAAGUGUAUCUCGAUCCUCGAAUCGAUGUCUUAGACUUCUUCAUCGAUCAAGGCAACAGCCCAAGACCAUCAAGACAGAAUGAGGUCAUCAACAAGUUCUGCCUGGAUAACAGGGGUUAUGACUCUACGUCACGUAGAGCCUGGGUCAAUUGUUGGUCGCUUCAUACUGGAAUCGAUCAAGGGAUCACCAGCCGGCUGACCUCCACUGGACUUGGCGAAUUUUUAUCUAGUCAGAUUGAAUCUCCAUCGGCAGCAGGCUCGUACCGCCAUCUAAUACAUAUCACUCGCUUGGAUGGAGAGUACAUCCGCUCAUUGAUUCGCAGUGCAUGGUGCCACCAGGCCAACGCGCUCCGUGAUGCAAUCCAUAAACAUUUGGAUGGGCAGACAUCCAUUCAAGUACAUAUCAACCACAUUGGGUUCAAGAUACCGAUCUUGGAGCUACAUCUGCCCUAUCUAGCUCUACGACAAACAAUCAUAGAUAGGUCAAGUGCAACGCGAGAGACCGGGGCUGAGAAGCCGUGGGCCGACUUGUCUUUCCUUGGAAUGAACUCCUCUGAGCUGCAAGAAACACGGAGUCCUGUCAUUCACGAAGUCCGAAGUUCAGUGAUCAUAUGCGUAUGGGAUUUCACAAAGUGGAUUGCAUACGCUUUCACGAAUUCCACGCUGAGAGAUAAUCUCGAAGAGAACAACGUACGGGAAGAAGCUCCGUUCGAACACCAAAGCCCUAUCGAUGAAGACGGUUCAGAAUUCGAUUGCGGAUCAGAUGACGAACAAGAUUUGGAGGACAUGGUUGCAUCUGAUGGUGAUGGCCUCGUUCUUGCAACUCAGGAUCCAACAUGGUGUCCAUUCAAAUACUAUAUCCGGGUCCUCAAGGCAAGAGUUGAAACAGUGGUGGAAGAAUGGACCUACCUUGUCGAUACAAUAGAACCAUGCAUUAUCCGAAAGAAUGACAAACUACUCGGCGUUCUCAGGUCUUCCAGCAAAGAUGAUAUUUCCGAGGCACUUGAAGAAUCGCUUCCUUUAACGGCUAUGACUUUAGCGUUCUUGCACAGUCUCCGUGAAAAGCUCUCAGCCUCUAACCAAUCUUGGAGACAUUUUAAAGGACCAAAUGGUCACGUCAACUACUUCGAAGAAUUGAGGGAAAGGGACGUAGUAUUGGCGCUUGAUGCGACUCGGCAAUUGUUCGUCAAUCUUUCGAGGCUCGAGCGGAGGAUUGACUCAUUGUGUGAUUCCUGCAAGAACUUUGCCAUGGUCAUCGAGUUGUUUUCGAAGCAGGAGGCAGUUCAGUUGAACCGAGAAAGUAUCAGAUACGCCUUGGAAGCGAAUAAAUUUAGCUCUCAAGCAAACAAGUACAGCUCUCAAGCUAACCAGAUGAAUCUGGAGAGCUACCAACUGACACGUGGCAUGAAUCUUAACUCUGCCAUAACGCUUUCUACAAACCAGAUCAUGAUACCCGCUGCGAUCGUUGCCACGUUAUUUAGUAUACAAGGAGAGAUCAUUUUUGGAUUCAAGAAACACCCAGCCUCAUUUGUUGUAGCUACGCUUGUCUUGUAUGCGGUAAUGAGAAUCACAAGCGUUGUGACGUUCUUGCUUCGUAAAUUUGUUCCAUCAGAUCAUCAGCUUACCUUAAUACUGUCGGGGCAGCUGGACCGUCUCGGGACUGUACAGGCUAUACGGAAUGAUCCGGAAUAG